AACACGAAUAAACCCAAAAUAAACGCAGGCCGAAGCUUCACGUCAAACAGCAGAUUGCUCUCCACGAACCCUGGGCGGUGGGACAACGGUCGCGAUGAGCCAGUUCGAAGCGAAGCCGAAGCGGGACGGGAAGCCGGGAGGCUGCCCGCUAGCCACGCGUUAACCGACGCCGUUGACGCCUUUCAUUUCUCGAUAUUGAUUAAUUCUGCGGGGAACAGGGGUUGGUCGGGGUCGAGAUUCAAGGUCCUGCACUUACCAUUAGCUGUCCGGCAGGUCGAUAGCGAAAGGCUGAAGAAGCGAGCACGCCAGUUCGGGCGAUCUUCUCUCUGCACAGAAGGCCAUGGCCUGGCUUCCUUCACAGCCAUCCGUAUUUGGGAUUUUCUCGCCCCUUGGCAGGGUCUUUUCUUCUGCCGCUGGGAUUCGUAUAAUAAUGGCAUAUAUCGAUUGACUUUUCUUUCCUCCCUUCCUUUUCCUUUUUGUCGGGUUCUUUUCCUCGUCUCGUCGAGAUGGCGGAUCUCAACGAGAGCCAGCAGCCGCAACUUCGGCGGGAGACGAUUGCGGUGA